AUGGCAUUAGCAGCAUCGCAGCCUCCGUAUUGGCGAUCAACAAAAGCAGAUGAAUACAGGGAGUUGAACCUGCUUGGAAAAGGAGCCUACGGUGUCGUUUAUCAUGUAACUCACACACCGACAAUGAACGAAUAUGCACUAAAGAAAAUAGUUGUGGGCGUAAAUGACGACGGAGUCCCUCAAAGCGUGCUGCGAGAAAUAUCGAGUAUGAUGGCGCUCAGGCGAUUACGUCACAGGAAUAUCGCAUUAUUACAUGACGUCUUUCACACUUUGGAGAACAACGGUUGUGAUUUGCACAUUAAUAUGGUAGUGGAGAAAUGUGACUGGGAUCUUUACUCUUUUUUGAAGGAUAUUCCUCGUGACAUGCCUGAUCAUCAAUGUAGGCUUAUAGCAAAACAGAUUUUCGAAGGUGUGGAUUUUCUACACAGUAACAAUAUUGUCCAUCGUGAUUUGAAACCUCAAAACAUUCUCAUCAAUCGCGAUCAAACAGUGAAAAUAGCGGAUUUUGGAUUGUCCAGAACAUAUUCUACGCAGAGUUGUUUUACAACAGUGGUCGUGACUCUUUGGUACCGAAGUCCAGAACUGCUCCUACAGUGUAGUUAUAAUACAGCUGUAGACGUUUGGGCUGUUGGAUGCAUUGUCAGUGAACUCUACCAACGAAUUCCACUUUUUCCUGGGCAAACUGAAGCUCAACAGCUCAGCAUUAUUUUUCAGAAAAUGGGAACACCUCGGUCAUCGCUGUGGCCUCACGAUGCUGUUGUUGAGCGAUCCAAUUACCCAUCGUAUCCUGCGCAACCGUUAGAGAGACUGCCUGCCGAUGCAGUGCCGGUGAUUGGUGGUUGCUUGACCUUCGCCACGGAACAACGCCUUACUGCUCGAGAAGCACUUCGCAUGCCUUUUUUCAAUCAAAUGCCCAAGAUUACGGGGCUCAUUCAUCGUUCAGUGUUAAUACUUAGAGGAUCGGAUUCAUUGACUUUUUUGCAGGGUCUUGUCACGAACGAUGUUAGAACGGUACCGCCUUCAGUGGGUAUCGCUGCCCUUUUCCUUAACCUUAAAGGAAGAAUAGUAGACGACGUUCUGGUAUCGCGGGACAACGGUGACAUUCUCGUAGAAUGUACGGCGUCGAACCGUAAAAGCUUGAAAGAGAUGCUGAUGAAGUACCGUAUGCGUAAAAACGUGGAUAUUGUCGAAUCACACGCUGGCGUGCUGUUCACGACAGAUGAACUGCCGAACUCAUUCGCUGAUCCGCGAUGUCCGUCUCUGGGGAGGCGCCUCUACGGCGAAAAUGGGGACGAGGAUAUCAGCGAAUAUCACGAGAAGCGCAGAAUGUUCGGGAUUGCUGAAGGAUGCGAGGAGUUGGGCGGACUUCUUCCAUUUCACGUGAGCUAUUGA